AUGGCAUACUGGAAAGUUUUAGUUACCCUGCUUGUUUUCAUUCUUCAAUCCUUUCCUAUACUGGUUCCAGUUGAAGCUACUAAAACUGCAUCUUUACCUCUCGCAAACACUACUGAAGUCAAAGUGAGAUGUGUUAAGAGGGAGAGGAAAGCUCUAUUAAGAUUUAAGCAAAGUCUCACAGACCCGUCUGAUCGACUGGCUUCUUGGAUUGGCAAAGAAUGCUGCACGUGGGAAGGUGUUUAUUGUGACAUCCAAACUGGUAAUGUCAUCAGCCUUGAUCUCAAUGAUAGAUCAGACAAUUGUUAUGGGAAGAAAUGGGGAGAUUUGAUUCCACGCAAUUCAAAAUGCUUGGGUGGCAAGAUAAGUCCUGCUUUACUUGACUUGCAACAUUUAGAGUAUUUAGACCUUGGUGGCAAUGACUUCCAAGGACUUGUCACUCCCAAUUUCUUGGGUUCUCUUGAAAAAUUACAGUACCUUAACCUCAGUCUUUCAUCUCUUGUUGGUAUUCCUCCUUCAUUUGGAAAUCUAUCCAAUUUACGUUAUUUAGACCUUAAUCUAUAUUCCUUUCCUUACCAUACUGCUGAGAAUAGCUGGGUCAAAGAUUUGAAUUGGGUUUCCAGUCUGUCUUCUUUGAAGUAUGUUGAUCUUUCUUUUGUGGACCUUUCUGUAGCAGCAAAUUGGCUUGAGGCUUUUAAUAAGCUGCCAUCUUUAGUGACUCUGAUUUUGGCAAACAGUAGUCUUCACUAUCUCCCUUACUCCUUCCCCAACUGGAAUAUGACAAACCUUUCUCAUCUCGACCUUUCAGGGAAUAACUUUGUUGAUUCUGUUCUGCCUAAAUGGUUGUCUAAUGCCACCACCCUUGAGACGCUUGAUAUAGGAAUCACCAACAUUGAAGGUCCAAUAUCAAAUGUUGAGUGGGGUCUAUGCGAUAACCAGUUGACAGGGCAAUUGCCAAAUUCAUUAGGACAUUUGAAGAAAUUAAGGAUCUUUGCUAUUUGUUUUAACCCAAUAUCUAGCACGAUUCCAACAACUAUUGAGCAUCUAUCAGGCUUGGAAGUUUUGGACUUGGGACAUAAUCAACUUAAGGGAGCAUUACCUGAGAGUAUUUUUAAUUUUUCUGAAUUAACCGAGUUGCGGCUGACAACAAAUGCUUUGGAAGGCAACCUUUCACAAAAUCACUUUGCAAGACUCCAUCAACUGAAAAAGUUAUCCCUAUCUUGUGGAAAAAGUUUUGCAGUCAACUUGACCAAUAAUUGGGUUCCUCCAUUUAGCCUCAUAGAGGUUGAGCUUAGAAGUUGCAGUUUGGGUCCCAACUUCCCAACAUGGUUUGAAACUCAAAAGCAACUUCAGGUUGUUAUUCUCUCCAGUGACUCCAUUUCAGAUCCAAUACCUCCUUGGCUUUGGAAUCUGUGCUCACAACUGCAGUAUCUCGAUCUAUCAGAUAACUAG